UCUGGGGAAUCAGUGCACUGUGAGUGGUCAGAUAGGGGAAGGUUAUGGACGGGGCGGACUCAAUGCCUUGAAGUGUUGUUAAAUUCAACUAUUCGUUUCUAAUCACCUUGACAUUUAAGUAUCCUGUAUCGACUGAAGGAGUUUGAACGCUUGCUGUGACGAACGCCGGGUGUUUCUCAGAAUGCCUCCCAAAAAGCGCAGCAGCGGCAGCGGGACUCCACCGAGCCGAGAGGCGAAGUGGGGCAACAAGAAGGAGAACUCGGUGCUCUCUCCGGAAAAGCACAAAGAGAAAGAUCCAGAGUUUGUAGCUCUUUGUAAGGACCUCUCAGUCUCCAACUUGGUGUGUACUCAGGCGUGGACCCUGUGGGAGGCGAUGGCCAAAACGGCAGAGAAAGUCACAGAAUCAAACAAGCAGCUGUGGGGAGCAUGUGUGUACAUGUCAGCAGUGGACUUGGACGACAUCGGGUUCACCUUUACAGAAUUUCAGAAGGCUGUUGGUCUGAGCGUGAAGCAGUUUCUCUCCCUGGUGCGAAAGCUGGACGAAAUCUUGGACAUGAUAAGCCCUAAAGUAAACUCGGCUGUGACGAGGCUUGAGAAGAAAUACGAGGUGUCGCUGGCUCUCUAUCAGAGAUUUGUGAAAACAUGUGCAAAAAUCUAUAUGGUGUCUGAAGAAGUUAAGAGACGAGAGCUUUUGCGCUGUAGCUGGAUCUUAUUCCUCUUGGCUAAAGGAAGUGUUCUGCAAAUGGAGGAUGACCUGGUGAUAGCCUUCCAGUUACUUUUGUGUGUUUUGGAGUUCUACAUCAAGCGCUGCCCAUCUUCUCUCCUCCAGCCUCUCUACAAGUCGGCAAUCAGCGAGACGACACAGAGCCCUCCAACUCGGACCUCAAGGCGAAACAAAGCCAACAAAUCCCGUCCUUGCGAGAUGGACGUGCAGUUGCUGGAGAUGCUGUGUAAGGAGAGCGACUGCAGUGUAGAUGAGGUGAAGAACGUCUACCAAAGCAGUUUCUGUGCCUUCCUGGAGUCCAUGAGCUUGUCAGGAUCACAGGACCUUCCAACAGUGGAAACACUAUCCAAAAGUUAUGAAGAGCUCUACCAUAAAAACAAGGACUUUGACGCACGACUGUUCUUAACUGACGACGAGACCCUCAGCCCAAUCAAAACAGAAGCUACAAAUGUAGAAAUGACUCCUAGAAAGAAUCCAUCUGGAGAGGAGAGUGUCUCCAUUCCUCAACAGACCCCAAUCAGAGCUGCAAUGUAUUCAAUCCAGCAGCUGAGGGGUGAGCUUACCUCAAUCAGUGACCAACCUUCAGGCAUUCUCAUGGUUUACUUCAAGAACUGCACUGUGGACCCAUCAGAAGACAUCACGAAGCGGGUUGACCAGUUCGGUCAGAUCUUCAGCCAGAAAUUUGCUCAAGCUGUUGGUCAGCGCUGUGAAGGAUUGGGCAAGAAGAGAUUUACUUUAGGUGUCCAGCUUUACUACAAAGUCAUGGAGUCGAUGCUUAAGUCGGAAGAGAAGAGACUCUCGGUGCAAAAUUUCAGUAAACUCCUGAACAAUGCUACUUUCCACACUUCACUCCUUGCCUGUGCACUGGAAGUUGUCCUGGCAACAUAUGUUGGAUAUUCCCUGAAGAAUGGCGGCAGCGAAUCUCCCGAAACGAACCUGUGCUUCCCCUGGAUCUUGGACGUCUUCCAGCUUCACGCCUUUGACGUCUACAAAGUGAUAGAAAGUUUCAUCAAGGCGGAGCCCACUCUGAAGCACGACAUGAUCGAGCACUUGGGCCGCUGUGAACAGCAGAUCAUGGAGAGCAUUGCGUGGAAAUCGGAUUCUCUCCUGUUCGAGCUCCUGAGGCAGUCUCGUGAAGAUGGUACCGGAGAGCAAGCGGAGCCUCCUGCAACGCUGAAUCAGCCUCUACAGCACAAUCACACGGCAGCUGAUCUAUAUCUGUCUCCUCCGCGUCCGAGUCGUCGAGUUGCAGCAGCAGCAGUAGUAUCAGAGGCGGACAUUCCAGCCCUGCCCCCGUCACAGCCCCCUGCCCCAGGCACCAAACAGCACCGCUCCAACUCCCUCAGCCUCUUCUAUAAGAAAUUAUACAGAAUGGCAUACCUGCGACUGAAAAUGCUUUUCUCUCACCUUCUCACCUCUCACCCCGAGCUGGAGGCCAUCAUAUGGACUCUGCUCCAGCACACACUCCAGAACGAGUAUGAGCUAAUGAAGGACAGACACCUAGACCAGCUGAUGAUGUCUGCCAUGUACGCCAUAUGCAAGGUGAAGAAUGUGGAUUUGCGCUUCAAGACGAUUGUCACUGCGUACAAAGAGCUUCCCAACACAAACCAGGAGACUUUCAAGCGUGUGUUGAUCAGAGACGGCCAAUACGAUUCCAUCAUUGUAUUCUACAACCUGGUGUUUAUGCAGAAGUUAAAGACUAACAUCCUGCAGUACGCGUCUUCCCGGCCUCCUCCACUUUCUCCCAUUCCACAUAUUCCCCGGAGCCCGUACAAUUAUCCCAGCUCCCCCCUUAGAGUGCCUGGAGGGAACGUCUACAUCUCCCCUUUAAAGAGCAGUCAUUUGCCCCCAGCAGCCAUGACACCCCGGUCCAGGAUCCUUGUAUCCAUUGGCGAAUCAUUUGGGACCUCUGACAAGUUCCAGAAGAUCAAUCAGAUGGUCAGUAGCACAGAUUGGCCCCUGAAGAGGAGGCUAGCCGGAGACUCCAACCCCAAACCCCUGAAGUGGUUACGUUUCGAUGUGGAUGGACAAGAUGAGGCUGAUGGGAGCAAAUCAAGUGGCGAGUCUACACUGAACAAGAAGCUGGCUGAGAUGCGUUCAGUUCAAAAUCUAAUGCAGGAACAGAAAAUGAAGGAGGAGGCUGAGAAGGAAGACCCAGAACCCUGAUGUGAACAAGUUGUUACUGUUCAUUUGCAGUUUUACUAAUUCCCUUUUUUUUUUUUUUUUUUUUUUAAAUCAAAUUCCCUUUGUAUUUUUAUUAUAUUUAUAUAUUUUUUUUUUUACAUAUAUAUUUGAGUAAGUCAAAAGAGAAAAUAAAAAUCAGUAGGAAUAUCGCAGAAAGGUUUAGAGAAACCCAAAAUUCAGGACACGUUUUUAUUAGUCAGCUUCUGGUACUGUUGUAAAAACAUUAUUUAUUUCAUUAUGCCUAAUGAAAUGAAUAACACUACUGAUAAGUCAGUCCUUUCAUUAGGACGUGACUACUUAAAGUGCUGACAAAUAAAACAAAUAUCAUAAUUUAUACAUUUUACAAAAUGCUAAUGUCUAUCUGUGAGACUUGCAAUAACAUCUAGGCACCGUUUUAUAUAUAAAAAAAAUGAUACAAAACAUUUUUGUAUAAAACUUGUUGAUUUUUAGCUUUUGUUUUCGUUUGUCCUUUCACUUUUUUCCUGUGUUGUUCAAAAGGGCAUCAUGAAGCUCUGAUCACGAAAGUUCUGCUUUUUUUUUUUUUCUUUUCUGUUUUUUUUUUUUUUUUUAAAAACAGAUAACUGGCUAAACUUCAUACAAGAAAUCAGUGGUCAGUGCAUUAUGUUAUGUGUAAUGAUAAAUUUGAGCUGCAUAAUUGCAUUUCUACAACAUAUACAUCAAUUACAACAUGACACGCAUAAUGUAAUAAUCAUUCAUGUGCUCAGUGGGCACAGAAUCGUUUUGAAAUGGUCUUGCAAUGUCUUGCACUCAUAUUCUUCAGUACCAGUUCCUUUUUUAAAUUAGCAUUUGGUUCUGUUGCAAACAAUUGUAAUUUAUUUAUUUUUGUAUUCAAAAGCACUAAUCAAUACUUAAGUGUGUGUGUGUGGGGGGGGGUGGCUUCUGAAAUGUCAGUCCUUUCAUUAAGACUCAUCUAAAAGAGCUGACGAAUAAAACAAAACAUAACAAAAACCUCUUCUCUUAAAGGAGAGAUGGUAUUCAGUUUUUAAAAAAGGAUAUAUUUUUUCCGGAGUGGUUUUUGUGUGGUAGGGUUAACUGUGUCCGUGUUGGUUUUAAGAAAUUAAUGGCAUGUGAAUGCGUUUACAUACUUGUGUAUCUCUCUUUUUUUUUUUUUUUUUUUUUUUUUUUUUUUUUUUUUUUUUUUUUUUUAUAAAUAUAUUAUUUGCUUCCUGAACAGAGCUUGUAAUUUUUUUAAAAACAUUUUUUUUUUCUAUUGAAAUGCUAGCUGUUAGUAUUAGUUUGUACCGUUUUUGUAUUAAGUAUUUUAUCUUAAUAACUGACUUGAGAUUGAUUGCGCUUUAUUAAUAUGUUCGACUGUCUUUUACGAUCAUCUUUUAGGAAAAUAAAAUGUAAAAGGACCGCACUGUGUGCUAUGGGA